CUGGCAGCCAGCUCUCACUCCAGAUCUGAGCUGUCCGCAGAAGCAACUGGAGGCCUCGGGAGAAACUCCAGAAGGAGAGACAUUUGCCAUGGCUGAACACUUCAAACAAAUCAUUAGAUGUCCUGUCUGUCUAAAAGAUCUUGAAGAACCCGUGCAACUGAAAUGUGGGUAUGUCUGCUGCCUCCAGUGCCUCAAUUCACUCCAGAAGGAGCCCGAUGGGGAAGGUUUACUGUGCGGCUUCUGCUCUGUGGUCUCUCAGAAGGAUGACAUCAAGCCCCACUACAAGCUGAGGGCGCUGGUUCCCAUCAUCAAGGAACUAGAGCCCAAGCUGAAAUCUAGUCUAACAAUGAACCCAAGGAUGAGGAAGUUUCAAGUGGAUAUGACCUUGGAUGUGGACACAGCCAACAACUAUCUCAUCAUUUCUGAAGACCUGAGGAGUUUCCGAAGUGGGGAUGUCAGCCAGAAUAGGAAGGAGCAAGCUGAGAGGUUCGACGCUGUACUGUGCGUCCUGGGCGCCCCUCGCUUCACUUCCGGCCGCCAUUACUGGGAGGUGGACGUGGGCACCAGCCAAAUAUGGGAUGUGGGCGUGUGCAAGGAAUCUGUGAACCGACAGGGGGAGAUUGUGCUUUCUUCAGAACACGGCUUCUUGACUGUGGGUUGCAGAGAAGGAAAGGUCUUUGCUGCCAGCACUAUGCCUAUGACUCCUCUCUGGGUGAGUCCCCAGUUGCACAGAGUGGGGAUUUUCCUGGAUGUAGGUAUGAGGUCCGUUUCCUUUUACAAUGUUAGUGAUGGGUGCCAUAUGUACACAUUCCGCAAAAUUCCUGUUUGCGAGCCAUGGCGUCCAUUUUUUGCUCAUCAACGUGGAACUCAAGAUGAUCAGAGCAUCCUGAGUAUCUGUUCUGUGAUCAAUCCAGCCAGUGCCAGUGUCCCAGUUUCUUCUGGGGAAAGGCAAUCAACAUUUGCACAUAACCAUCUUUAGGAAGUUUCUGUGCGCCCAUAGCCAUAGCCAAGAACUUUUCUGCUAGAUACACAUAGCUACAAAGGGAUAGAAGGGAAAGAGCCAUCAUUCUGUAAACCAUGAACAGAAAGCAGUUAUAUGAAUCAGGGGAAAAUGACAUUGUACUUAAAGUUUGUCAUGUUAUUUUCUUUGGGGCUUAUGUUUAUAUUUCUGUUCAAUAAAUAUUUUGAAAAUUCGGA